AUGCGUAGAACUGAUGUUUGGAAAAUUGAAAGGUUAUUUGAGGUUAUCUCGCUGCCCAAUGGAUAUCACGUAAUUCGAUUGCAAAAAAAAGGAGGAAAGCAAUUUCGUAAGUAUUGGGUAAGACCAAUAUUUACCGAAAGCAGAAGACUACAACAAGGAGCAAGUGAUAAUUUAAUUGAAGAGAUGGAAAGUGAUGACGUUGAAAAAUAUCACGAAUACUUCAGGAUGUCGCCAGAAUUAUUUUACAAAUUAUUGGAAUUGGUGAGGCCAGACAUUGAGAAGCAGUGUGUAGUGCGAGCUCCAAUUUCAGCUAAAAUCAGACUCCAAAUUACACUCCGAUACUUAUCAUCUGGAGAUAGCAUGAAGUCCUUGUCUUAUGCCUUUCGUGUUGGACAUAAUACAAUAUCCAAAUGCAUACAUUCCACAUGUGAAGCUAUAUGGAACCAUCUUAAGGACUCUGUUUUCAUUAAGGAUAACGAAGAGAGUUGGAAGGAUAUCGCAAAAGACUAUGAAGACUUGUGGGACUUCCCAAACUGUAUAGGGGCAAUAGAUGGGAAGCAUGUAAUGAUUCAGGCUCCACCAAAUAGCGGAUCUUCUUUUUACAACUACAAGGGCCAUCAUAGCAUUAAUUUGCUUGCAGUUUGUGAUGCAAGAUACUGCUUCACUAUGGUUGACAUAGGUGCUAAAGGUAGGGAAAGCGAUGGGGGAGUUUUUGCUCAUAGCGAAAUUGGAAAAAGAUUUGAGAAUGGCUCGUUCAAUCUUCCUCCAUCACAGAAAGUAGGAAGUAGUGGACCAGUUGCACCUUUCGUUCUAGUGGCAGAUGAAGCCUUUCCCCUAACUACAUAUAUGAUGAGGCCAUUUCCACGGAGUGGGAACUUGAAUAUCGAGAAAAAAAUAUUUAAUUACAGGCUCAGUCGAGCAAGAAGAAUAAUAGAAAGUGCGUUUGGAAUACUUGUUGCUCGCUGGAGAAUAUAUAGCAAACCAAUUUUUGCAAGUGUAAGAAGUGUACGAAAAAUUGUGCAAGCGACUGUAGUAUUACACAAUUUUAUUAUUCAAAAUGAAAAGGUUCCGAUUCCAUCAAAUAGUACAAUUCGAGAGAACGUACGAACAAACUCUUCUGGACUAUGGGAUAUAAAUCCUCAUACUGGUAGAAAUAAACGUGAGGCUAUCACAGUUAGAAAUGCUUUCACCGAAUAUUUUAAUGGACUUGGAGCAGUAGAGUUUCAGUGGCAAAAAGCAUUGAGCAAUGAUUUCUAAUUGACAAUUUUGUACUAUUAAUGCUAAUAAUAAACAUU